CCUUUCCUUCUUCUGCAACCCCAAACACUCUCCUUCCACCCCACCCCUUCACCAACAACCACACAUCCUCAACAUGGCCAUCAAAAUCGGUAUCAACGGAUUCGGACGCAUUGGUCGUCUCGUUCUCCGCGCUGCUCUUUCCAAGAAGAACGUCGAGGUCGUUGCCAUCAACGAUCCCUUCAUCGAUCUUGCCUACAUGGUCUACAUGUUCAAGUACGAUUCCACCCACGGUCGCUUCAAGGGUGAGAUCUCUGCUGCCGAUGGUCACUUGGUCGUUGAUGGCCACAAGAUUGCCGUCUUCAACAGCAUGAAGCCUGAGGAGAUCAAGUGGGGUGAGGCUGGUGCCGAGUACGUCGUCGAGUCCACCGGUGUCUUCACCACUGUCGAGAAGGCUUCCCUCCACUUGAAGGGUGGUGCCAAGAAGGUCAUCAUCUCUGCCCCCUCUGCCGAUGCCCCCAUGUUCGUCUGCGGAGUCAACCUGGAUGCCUACAAGAGCGAGUACAACGUCGUGUCGAACGCCUCCUGCACCACCAACUGCUUGGCCCCUCUCGCCAAGAUCAUCAACGACAACUUUGGCAUCACCGAGGCCUUGAUGACCACCGUCCACGCUACCACUGCCACCCAGAAGACCGUCGACGGUCCUUCCUCCAAGGACUGGCGCGGUGGACGUGGCGCCGGCGCCAACAUCAUCCCCUCCUCCACCGGUGCCGCCAAGGCUGUCGGCAAGGUCAUCCCCGAGUUGAACGGCAAGUUGACCGGUAUGGCUUUCCGUGUCCCCACCCCCGAUGUCUCUGUCGUCGACUUGACUGCCCGCUUGUCCAAGCCCGCUACUUAUGAGCAGAUCAAGGCUGCCAUCAAGGCCGCUUCCGAGGGUGAGAUGAAGGGAAUCAUGGGCUACACCGAGGACGAGGUCGUCUCGACCGAUUUCAUCGGUGACACCCACUCGUCCAUCUUUGACGCCAAGGCCGGUAUUGCGUUGUCCGAUACCUUCGUCAAGCUCGUCUCCUGGUACGAUAACGAGGUCGGCUACUCCAACCGCUGCGUCGAGUUGAUCGAGUACAUGUACACCAAGGACCACUAAAUCAUUAUCGCCUCCCGCCUUCCUUGAAAGCCCAAAGGGCUUUGUCCAAAAUACAUAUUGUAUAUACAACAGCAAUAAAAGCAUUCAUUAAUCAUCAAUACAGAAACGAUGUACGUGUGUAGUUAUCAAGUGGAGGCGAAAGAGAAGCUGGCAUGUUCAUAUUGCUGAUGUACCGGGAUAGGGUGUUAUCUUGCUAUUUGAAUAUAUGUAUCGUUAUAGAGGGACACUCACUACAUGGCGUAUCAUGUAUCCAUCGUGUCGUGUCGUGCAGCGAUAAGCGUAGAUCAUGUCUCUGACUGCGAACCCUCUUUUUAUGUUUCGCGUCCAUCUCGCGUUGGACAGGGGUACAAUAUCUUUUUUUC